AUGGACAGCAACAUGCUUUUCGCGACACUCCGGCCAUUGGCUUUCGAAUGCGCUUCGGAAUUCGUUGGGACGUUUGUACUUGUCUUCUUGGGCACUGCAAGUAUCGCCACCGCUGCUUUUACAGGUCCAGAUUCCUCGGAUUUGGCGGUUCAGCAGAUCACAAUUGGCUGGGGUUUUGCCGCUAUGCUCGCAACAUUCAUCGCGUCGCCUGGCUCCGGCGCCCAUUUGAACCCUGCAGUGACCCUGGCGAUUGCAUUGUCACCACACAGUGGAAAUGGGUUCCCAAAGCGUAAAGUUCCGGCGUACAUGCUGUUUCAACUGCUCGGCGCAACAUUCGCCGGAGUUGCAGUGUAUCUUAUGUUUGAGUCGGCAAUCAAGCACUUUGAGAACCGUCUGGAUAUCAAUCGGGGGUCUCCAAGUUCUUCCCUCUCGGCAGUUGCCUUUGGGGCCUCCUUCCCGCAUCCUUGGCUUGUGGGCGCUAAAGAUGAAGACGCAAGUCAUUGGAAUGACGUUUCUGCUGGAGGAGCGUUUGUCCUGGAGGUGCUGGGCACUCUUCUUUUCGUUCUGGUUCACAGAGUUGUCCGCCAGCCUGUCCAACCUACUGGUAUCGCUGCCUUUACUAGUUCAACUGCGUCAGGAGCAAACGAAAAGAUCGAUCUCCCGUUGCCUCGAAUGCCGUGUAACCCAUUGGCUCCACUUUACAUUGGCUCAGCUUUGGCAGCAUUAACAAUGGUGAUGACACCGUUCACACAGGCGUGUUUAAACCCGGCGAGAGACUUUGGCCCUCGUGUAGUAGCGGCCAUUGCAGGUUGGGGGUCUGUUGCAUUACCAGGUGAACGACCCGAGUCCUGCUGGAUCUACUUGGUUGGACCAUUCGUCGGUGCACUGGCGGGUAGUAUGCUCCACGACUUUGUGAUCCAUCCGGGGCUACAGACACGAGACGAAGUUGCCGCUGCUUGGAUGCGCCACCAACAGAUCGAAGGUGAAGCGAUCCUAGAGCAACUGGAAAAAAGCCAAACGUUGCUGAGUGUGACCGCUGCCGGCGGAGGCUUCGAGUCCUUGGCAACGCGAGGACUGCACCACAGCGACUACCGUGACAGCCCCACCCUGCACAACUUUCGUCUGUCAUCUCCCGGUCACUUACACGCCUACGCAGGUUGA